GAUGGCACCACUGCUGGGCCGGAAACCCUACCCGCUGGUUAAGCCGCUAGCCGAGCCGCCAGGCCCAGAGGAGGAGGUCUACAUCAUCGAACACACCAAGGAGGCCUUCAGGAACAAAGAGUAUCCUUUCACAUUAUGGCAAAGCUGACUCAGUUCGCCAGAUAGCUAGCUGACUGUCAAAGCACAACCAUUAUGCACACUAAUUGGAACAUCGUGUUUUCAAUGUUAUUCCGCUUCUGAAGCUUAAUAAUAGCGAAAUAGCUAGCUAUGUCGGAUUUGUUGUGCUUCUUUGGGAUUGUUUUGCCUAUCGUAAUAAGCGCACACAGUCACUCACUAUGUUUCGUAGCCAAAGUUGUGCUCUCUUUUUUAAACUAGCUAGACAAACAGAACAGCAGCUAACUACUAUUUAUUUGAAAAUUGCACAAUCCAGCAAUCUAUCUAGCUGAUUUAUGCAUAACUGGUUUGGGUGAUUCUCACGGUCUCUGCGUUUGUCAUGCCGCCUCGGUGGCGCGUUUCCUAACAUAGCUAGCUAACUUUACAGAGUAGAUUGAAGAGCACACCGCUAAGGAAGGACAGAUAACGUCACAGAUUACACCACGUCAGUUCUUCUGACACUAGCUCAUGAUCAAAUCGGUCGGAUUUAACUUGCAGAUCAAACUGGCAAGUUUGACUUGUUGGAAAUACAACGGUUGUAAUAUGACUUGUAAGGAAAGGCAAACGUGUUCGUGACAUGAAUCACUUUCCAAUCAAGUGUAGCCUAUGCAUGGCCGCCUGGCAUGCCAGAUUGAUAUAAAAAAGGCAUCGUUCAGGUUGCUUAGCUGUGUAAUAACAAUGCAGUUCAAUGCAUUGUUUUGAGGUCCCCUGGCCCUACUACCAAUAGAUACAGAAGUGUUUUGGUGCCCCACGUGAGUUUGACAUAAUGUAUUGCUCCUUGAGGCUGCAUAACUCACUAGGCCAUCAUCCCCACUUUUUGUCUCUAGUCUAAAGGUACAGUACAAUAACCAUAUCUGAUAUGCAGAAAAUUAUGAGCCACCUGUAAGCAAACCUAAAUACUACUACUAUCCCAGUGCAAAGCAUCAUCAACCCAAAACGUUUGUGCUCUGCAUUUUGUCAAUCAGUACAUUAUAAUGAGUAAAGUUUGUACUGCUUAACAUCUAGCCUAUAGCCAUUGGGUUUAUAGAUGCCAAAGUCCUACUGAUAUCAGGACGUGACUUAACACAUUGCUUAGUCCCUACAGAGAGGAACACUGUGAGAUUUAGUUUCAGCUGGAGCACACUGGGGAUUAUCCUGCACUUUGGCUCUGUUAUGAAAGGAUCCAGAAUCUAUGCUUGGUGUGGGAUGUCCCUCACACCCGGCCUUUUAAUAAUUGAAAUCAAUUGCUGCUAACCUGAUUUAUUCAUUAAUUAUGAAUGGGGGGUCUCUCUGGGUAUGCCGUAGAGCUAACUGAGUCAAGUGACUAAGUGGCUGUGCCUAUCCUGUAUCCAAGUACUCACACUAUGAGACUGUAUGAUCAUUUGAGGGGAAUACAUGUUGUUAUCCUGAUGAAAUGGCUACAGAGAGUAUGAGGCGCGCCUGCAGAGAUACGCCGAACGCAUCUGGACAUGCAAGAGCACCGGCAGCAACCAGCUCACACACAAGGAGGCCUGGGAGGAGGAGCAAGAAGUCACUGAACUGUGAGGAACAAAAAUGCUCUGUUUCAAAAUAAAUAUAAAUCAUCAUUACAUACAGAGGCUAAAAAGAUCAGUGCAGCUCCAUCUGUAGCACACACAGCUCACUGACUCCCGUUGAAGGUCACAUGAUUCACAGCUGUGUUAUUGGAUGUUCCCCGCGCGCCUCCUUCUUUUCUAUUUGCAGGACGUAUGGAUUGAGUCAUCCUGGAAUCUAGUGAAUCCAGUGACUGGGAGAAUGCCUUCAUUUUAUUUCAUGAAUAGAGGAGGGUGCAAAAUAAGUGUGUGGCCUGGUCCAAAAACAACCCCUAGCACCCCCAACCCCUAGGCUCUUGUGUACAUCUGAAGGGAUUGGAUUAGGGAUUGUUUAUAGACAAGGUCUAGGUUCUCUCAUUUGAUACGUUUCAGUAUAGCGUGUCCAGAUUGGCUGCUGUGGUAUUGAGUGCUGCGCUGUGGGAGGGCAUGAAGCUUUGUGAGUUCCGUGUGUACACGAAUGACCUCAGAGUAGUGCCACAGACAGGCUGUGCUCCUCCUGCACCCUCAGCGCAGGCCAGGCAGGAUCAGCAGCCGUAUUUAAAGAUGUCUAUUUAUACCAGGCAGGGAAGCCAUGGUUUGAAUUGGCUCCCCCUGCUGGAGAAGUGGUUAUGUACACUGUACAGAUAGGAUAAGCAUUGGUGGUCCAAGCAGUCUGUGUUGCAUUGAGGCAUGUCCAUUUGUAUGUAUUCCUCAGCUCGGACUGCUGCAUGCAUGUUUAUGAAUUACGGAAAGCAUUUGCAGGUGACUCGAUUUAGUGUGAAUAGUGAAAAUAGCAAUAGCUACAAUAAGCCACCAUCUGUCAAAAUUAGUUGAGUGAAAGUGCACCAAUAAACCCUAAUCAGUUAGUAUAAGAAGACUGUUUAUUGCUUGGUAUUUUCUAUUGAGUGUUAUAAACUGGGUGGUUCGAGCCCUGAAUGCUGAUUGGCUGACAGCCGUGGUAUAUCAGACUGUAUACCAUGGGUAUGACAAAACAUGUAUUUUUACUGCUCAAAUUACGUUGGUUAACCAGUUUAUAAUCGCAAUAAGGCACCUCAGGGGUUUGUGGUAUAUAGCCAAUAUACCACGCCUAAGGGCUGUUUCCAGGCACUCUGCGUUGCGUCAUGCAUAAGAACAGCCCUGAGCCGUGGUAUUUUGGCCAUAUACCACACCCCCUCAUGCUUUAUUGCUUAAUUAGAUAAAUGAGAUGUUUGACAUGAGUGAUUUAUGUCCAGGCUUCAGGAAGAGUACCCACUAUGGUUCGAGAAGCCCGUCCUGGAGAUGGUUCAUCACAACACGGUCUCCCUGGACAAGCUGGUGGACCAGGCCUGGGUGGAGAUCCUCACUAAGUACGCCGUAGACGAAGAGUGUGACUUUCUGGUGAGAUUCUUUUAUUUUGGUCGAAUGCUGUGAAUGUUUGUUUUCAUGUGGUGAGAUAGUAGUCAAUGAAGGUGGAAGAAAUACUGUUAAUGGAAAAUAUGUUGAUAGAAAAUGAAAUCAAAUUGUAUUUGUCACAUGCGCCAAAUACAACAGGUGUAGACCUUACAGUGAAACGCUUACUUACAAGCCCUUAACCAACAAUGCAGUUUUAAGAAAAAUAAGUGUAAAGUAGAAAAUAGAUAACUUAAAAAUAACAAAUAAUGAAAGAGCAGCAGUAAAAUAACAGUAGUGAGGCUAUAUACAGGGGGUACCGGUACAGAGUCAAUGUGAGGGGUCACAGGUUAGUUGAGGUAAUAUGUACAUGUACGUAAAGUGACUAUGCAUAGAUGAUAAACAGAGAGUGGCAGCAGCGUGAAAGAGGGGGUGGGGGACAAUGCAAAUAGUCCGGGUAGCCAUUUGAUUAGCUGUUCAGGAGUCUUAUGGCUUGGGGGUAGAAGCUGUUAAGAAGCCUUUUGGACCUAGAGAUGGUGCUCCGGUACCGCUUGCCAUGCGGUAGCAGAGAGAACAGUCUGACUAGGGUGGCUGGAGUCUUUGACCAUCUUUAGGGCCUUCCUCUGACACCGCCUGGUAUAGAGGUCCAGGAUGGCAGGAAGCUUGGCCCCAAUGAUGUACUGGGCCGUACGCACUACCCUCUGUAGUUCCUUGCGGUCGGAGGCCGAGCAGUUGCCAUACCAGGCAGUGAUGCAACCAGUCAGGAUGCUCUCGAUGGUGCAGCUGUAGAACAUUUUGAGGAUCUGAAGACGCAUGCCAAAUAUUUUCAGUCUCCUGAGAGGGAAUAGGCUUUGUCGUGCCCUCUUCACGACUGUCUUGGAAUUGUACAUAUUUUACAAAUUUUUGCACAUGCUUGAUCUGAAAUAUAUUUUUACCCCCCUUCCCCAAUUCAUUUUUGGGAUUUUUAGGUGGGGAAGGAAAAGAGUUUGCGGGUUAAGGUCGUGAAGAUACACCGUCUUGAGGGGAACGAUGAGGGGGAGACGUCGGAGAAGAAGCUAGAGGGAGCCUGCGACUCUCCUUCCAGCGACAAGGAGAAUGCCAGCCAGGAGAACCAGAAGAAGGAACAACAGCUGCCCAGAGAGGAGGAGAGCCCCAGGGAAAGCAGGAGAGAGAGCCUCAGUGAGUACAGCACCUUUUGGGACAUGUUGUGCUAACAAAUAAAAGUAUUAGAUUUUGGGUAACCUACACCAAAAUCCAUAACACAGUAGAGGCGUGUCAACUUUUAAAAGAAAUUGUGAUCCUUAACGUUAAGAAAAAUCCCUAAUAAUUUUUUGUUUUUUCCCACACACUUUUAAUUACAGUGCAGUUAUCACAAAACAUUAUUUUCUGUGUUAUAGCCUUAACUAGACAAUAGGCUAUAAAAGCCUGGGGAAAGUUGUGUAAUUUAAAGGAAGACUCAGCCAGUGGUGAUUUUAGCAUGUAAAUCUUGGUGGGGCAAACUCAACAACAAAAAAUGUAGAUGCGUGCCAGACCAUGUUUGUAUGCAGCUUUAUUAACUCAAUGAUAAAAAUAAAUACAAAAUUGCAUUGUUUGCAAACUAUGUGACUAUGUGACAAAAUAACAUGCAAAACAGGUAACAUACAGUGGGGAAAAAAAGUAUUUAGUCAGCCACCAAUUGUGCAAGUUCUCCCACUUAAAAAGAUGGAGGCCUGUAAUUUUCAUCAUAGGUUUACACGUCAACUAUGACAGACAAAUUGAGAAAAGAAAUCCAGAAAAUCACAUUGUAGGAUUUUAUGAAUUUAAUUUUCAAAUUCUGGUGGAAAAUAAGUAUUUGGUCACCUACAAACAAGCAAGAUUUCUGGCUCUCACAGACCUGUAACUUCUUCUUUAAGAGGCUCCUCUGUCCUCCACUCGUUACCUGUAUUAAUGGCACCUGUUUGAACUUGUUAUUAGUAUAAAAGACACCUGUCCACAACCUCAAACAGUCACACUCCAAACUCCACUAUGGCCAAGACCAAAGAGCUGUCAAAGGAAACCAGAAACAAAAUUGUAGACCUGCACCAGGCUGGGAAGACUGAAUCUGCAAUAGGUAAGCAGCUUGGUUUGAAGAAAUCAACUGUGGGAGCAAUUAUUAGGAAAUGGAAGACAUACAAGACCACUGAUAAUCUCCCUCGAUCUGGGGCUCCACGCAAGAUCUCACCCCGUGGGGUCAAAAUGAUCAAGAACGGUGAGCAAAAAUCCCAGAACCACACGGGGGGACCUAGUGAAUGACCUGCAGAGAGCUGGGACCAAAGUAACAAAGCCUACCAUCAGUAACACACUACGCCGCCAGGGACUCAAAUCCUGCAGUGCCAGACGUGUCCCCCUGCUUAAGCCAGUACAUGUCCAGGCCCGUCUGAAGUUUGCUAGAGUGCAUUUGGAUGAUCCAGAAGAGGAUUGGGAGAAUGUCAUAUGGUCAGAUGAAACCAAAAUAGAACUUUUUGGUAAAAACUCAACUCGCCGUGUUUGGAGGACAAAGAAUGCUGAGUUGCAUCCAAAGAACACCAUACCUACUGUGAAGCAUGGGGGUGGAAACAUCAUGCUUUGGGGCUGUUUUUCUGCAAAGGGACCAGGACGACUGAUCCGUGUAAAGGAAAGAAUGAAUGGGGCCAUGUAUCGUGAGAUUUUGAGUGAAAACCUCCUUCCAUCAGCAAGGGCAUUGAAGAUGAAACGUGGCUGGGUCUUUCAGCAUGACAAUGAUCCCAAACACACCGCCCGGGCAACGAAGGAGUGGCUUCGUAAGAAGCAUUUCAAGGUCCUGAAUUGGCCUAGCCAGUCUCCAGAUCUCAACCCCAUAGAAAAUCUUUGGAGGGAUUUGAAAUCAGUGUUGGCCAGCGACAGCCCCAAAACAUCACCGCUCUAGAGGAGAUCUGUAUGGAGGAAUGGGCCAAAAUACCAGCAACAGUGUGUGAAAACCUUGUGAAGACUUACAGAAAACGUUUGACCUGUGUCAUUGCCAACAAAGGGUAUAUAACAAAGUAUUGAGAAACUUUUGUUAUUGACCAAACACUUAUUUUUCACCAUAAUUUGCAAAUAAAUUCAUAAAAAAUCCUACAAUGUGAUUUUCUGGAUUUUUAUUUCUCAUUUUGUCUGUCAUAGUUGACGUGUACCUAUGAUGAAAAUUACAGGCCUCUCUCAUCAUUUUAAGUGGGAGAACUUGCACAAUUGGUGUCUGACUAAAUACUUUUUUCCCCCACUGUAUAGCUAAUAUAUACAGUACCAGUCAAAAGUUAGGACACCUACUCCUUCAAGGGUUUUUCUUUAUUUUUUAAAAAUGUUCUACAUUGUAGAAUAAUAGUGAAGACAUCAAAACUAUGAAAUAACACAUAUGGAAUCAUAUAGUAACCAAAGAAGUGUUAAACAAAUCAAAAUAUAUUUUAUAUUUGAGAUUCUUCAAAGUAGCCACCCUUUUGCCUUGCUGACAGCUUUGCACACUCUUGGCCCACCUGCCCUGAAUGACAGGUCGCCACUGGACUCAGCGAUAUGAAGUAGAUGUGUAAAGUAAACAGCAUAGUGGGUCAAAUUACGCAACAACUAAGAGCAUUAAAGCGCAAGGCUCUGCUUCUCCGCUGGCCUCGGAAGUACGGCAACUAAUCAGUCUCCUCCGUUUCAAAAAUACCAAAUCUUAGACACUCCGAAAUGGGAGUAGAGGAAUCAAUUAUUUUGGAGUCGACUCGCCACAGCGAAGUCAUCGUCGUUAAGUUGGGGGAAAAUGGCAAGCGACAGCAGCGUAGUCUUGUAUGGCAAUACUUUGAGGAGUUAAAUGAGAUGGAAAUGUAAACUUUGCGAGGUGGAAUUGAGGUACAGUAAUGGUAGUACAGUCGUGGUCAAAAGUUUUGAGAAUGACACAAGUAUUGGUCUUCACAAAGUUUGCUGCUUCAGUGUUUUUAUAUAUUUUUGUCAGAUGUUACUAUGGUAUACUGAAGUAUAAUCACAAGCAUUCCAUAAGUGUCAAAGGCUUUUAUUGACAAUUACAUUAAGUUUGUGCAAAGAGUCAAUAUUUGCAGUGUUGACCCUUCUUUUUCAAGACCUCUGCAAUCCGCCCCGGCAUGCUGUCAAUUAACUUCUGGGCCACAUCCUGACUGAUGGCAGCCCAUUCUUGCAUAAUCAAUGCUUGGAGUUUGUUAGAAUUUGUGGGUUUUUGUUUGUCCACCGCCUCUUGAGGAUUGACCACAAGUUCUCAAUGGGAUUAAAGUUCUGGGGAGUUUCCUGGCCAUGGACCCAACAUUUCAAUGUUUUGUUCCCAGAGCCCCUUAGUUAUCACUUUUGCCUUAUGGCAAGGUGCUCCAUCAUUCUGGAAAAGGCAUUGUUCGUCACCAAACUGUUCUUGGAUGGUUGGGAGAAGUUGCUCUCGGAGGAUGUGUUGGUACCAUUCUUUAUUCAUGGCUGUGUUCUUAGGCAAAAUUGUGAGUGAGCCCACUCCCUUGGCUGAGAAGCAACCCCACACAUGAAUGGUCUCAGGAUGCUUUACUGUUGGCAUGACACAGGACUGAUGGUAGCGCUCACCUUGUCUUCUCCGGACAAGCUUUUUUCCGGAUGCCCCAAACAAUCGGGAAGGGGAUUCAUCAGAGAAAAUGACUUUACCCCAGUCCUCAGCAGUCCAAUCCCUGUACCUUUUGCAGAAUAUCAGUCUGUCCUUGAUGUUUUUCCUGGAGAGAAGUGGCUUCCUCGCUGCCCUUCUUGACACCAGGCCAUCCUCCAAAAGUCUUCGCCUCACUGUGCGUGCAGAUGCACUCACACCUGCCUGCUGCCAUUCCUGAGCAAGCUCUGCACUGGUGGUGCUCCGAUCCCGCAGCUGAAUCAACUUUAGGAGACGGUCCUGGCGCUUGCUGGAUUUUCUUGGGUGCCCUGAUGCCUUCUUCACAACAAUUGAAUAUAAAAUUAAAAAAACUAACUCAUUCCAUUGAGGGUCGAGUGACUGUGGGUUUUCGCUCCUCCCUUGUACUUGAUUGAUGAAUUAAGGUCACUGAUUUAGUAAAGGAAGUCCCCUCACCUGGUUGUCUAGGUCCUAAUUGAAACUGAAAAUCAGCAGACAUUAGGCCCUCCAUGGAAUGAGUUUUAUCACAUCCCUACAACACAGCACAUUGAGCUUUAAGACAUUUGGGAUAGUUCAGAUACUGCUGUGUUCACAUAUUAAAGAGACAAACCUGGAUGAACAUUUUUUAAAUUAAAAUGUACAUUCAAAAAUAGCGUAGAAUCCACACAGGCCUGAUCCAAAAAAUUGACAUGAGUGUUAAAAUAUACUGUGUGCUUGUUUGCCAUUAGGUGACCGAGCACGGCGCUCCCCCAGGAAAACGCCCACCGCUAUGAAGGAGGAGAAGAAGAGAUGGGUGAUGCCAAAGUUCCUGCCACACAAGUACGACGUGAAGCUGAUCAGCGAGGACAAGGUUGGUGUCCUCUCCACUGCUUUAAAAUGUAUAUUCACCUCCGGCCAUCAAGUGUACAUGUAUUAUGUAACUGGGUUGUGUUCAUUUGUUACACAAUGGAAGAAAAUGGAUUGAAAAAGGAAGGGGCUACCGGAAACUUGUCGAAUAAGAAACACACAUUUUUUUUCUUCCUGUUACCAAAUUGAUUUAAAUGUUUUUCCAUUGCAUGCUCUAAUGAACACAACACUGACAUCUAUGUUAUGUAAUUUAAAUGCAUUUUUAAACCCUACACCAACAGGUCAUCAGUGAUGUCCCAGUGGACAGCCUGUUCCGGACUGAGCGCCCUCCAACCAAGGAGAUCAUGCGCUACUUCAUCCGCCACUAUGCACUCCGGCUUGGGAUGGGAGAGACGGCCCCCUGGGUGGUGGAGGAUGAACUGGUGAAGAAGUUCAACCUACCCAGCAAAUUCAGCGACUUCCUCCUGGAUCCACACAAGGUAAACCUAGAUUUAGAUGUGGUUUGUACGUUCUUUUUUGUCCAAAAACCUCCACAUAAUCUCCUGUUGAUGUAGGAGCUCUGGAUUAUGUGAUGAACAUGUAGGUAAAAUACAACACUAAGACAAAACAGCAUCAUACAUUGCCUUUAGAAAGUAUUCAUACCCUUUGACUUAUUCCACAUUUUGUUCUUACAGCCUGAAUUGAAAAUAUAUAUUUUUCUCACCCAUCUACUACACACAAUACCCCAUAAUGACAGUGAAAACAACAUGUUUUUAGAUGUUUUUUCUAAUUUAUUGAAAAUGAAAAACAUAAAUAUCUCAUUUAAAUUAGUUCACAGUGCCUGAGUCAAUACUUUGUAGAAGCACCUUUGGCAGCGAUUACAGCUGUGAGUCUUUCUGGGUUAGUCUAAGAUUUUGUCACGCGUGGAUCGUGCCGAUUUGUAUUAUUUUCAAAAUUCUUCAAGCUCUGUCAAAUUGAUUGUUGAUCUUUGCUAGACAACAAUUUUCAGGGCUUGCCAUAGAUUUUUUUUACGUCAAAACUAACUCGUCCACUCAGGAACAUUCCCUGUCUUCUUGGUAAGCAACUCCAGUGUAGAUUUGGCCUUGUGUUUUAGGUUAUUGUCCUGCUGAAAGGUGAAUUAAUCUCCCAGUGGCUGGUGGAAAGCAGACUCAACCAGGUUUUCCUCUUGGAAUUUGCCUGUGCUUAGCUCAAUUGUCUUUUUCUUUCUUUUUUUCUGAAAAACUCCCCAGUCCUUAAAGAUUACAAGCAUACCCAUAACAUAAAUAAGUCCCCAUUGAUUGGCCUCAUAGUGAAAACCCUGACCGGUUUCCUUCCUCUUUGGCAACUGAGUUAGGAAGGACGCCUGUAUCUUCGUAGUAAUAUGUAUUGAUACACCAUCCAAAGUGUAAUUAAUAACUUCACCAUGCUCAAAGGGAUAUUCUAUGUCAGCUUUUUUUUUUUUUACACAUCUACCAAUAGGUGCCCUUUUGCGCAGCAUUGGAAAACCUCCCUCGUCUUUGUGGUUGAAUCUGUUUGAAAUUCACUGCUCGACUGAGGGAUCUUACAGAUAAUUGAAUGUUUGGGGUACAGGGAUGAGGUAGUCAUUUAAAAAAUCUUGUUCAACACUAUUAUUGCACACAGUGUGUCCAUGCAACUUAAGUCAAGGGGUGUGAAUAUUUUAAAGGGGUGAAUGUCUUUAUAUAAUAUUUGUUUUUAAAUAUGUGACUAGUAGUUUUGUUUGCCUUCUAGUUUUUCGCAGAGAAUCCAGUCUCAACCAAGCGCAAGAGCCUGAGCUCAAUGGAGGGCAAACCCAGUAAGAAGCUGAAGACCUCGAACACCCCGGGAGGAGUGAAUUUGGGGAAUGAGAAGAAAAAUAAGGAUUCUCUCGGCAUGCCCCUGAGCCCAGCAAUCUGGGGCCACAUGCAGGUUUGUCAAAUUUGAUACAUGCUGAUGUAAUCUCAUUUGCAUAUAUUUUUAGCUGGCUUAGUGGUUUCAUAAAGAAUCUGAGAAUUUGUUAAAUGUUUUUCAAUUGAAUUUGCAUAUUUAGUCUGUUGCAUUGGAUUGAAUCAAUAAUGCAUCCAUUUAUAUUGUAGAUGAAAAUGAAUGGCUCGCCUCUGAAGGUAAAGAAUUCCGGAACCCCCAAGAAAAGAGAGGGUGGGGCCUCUGUCCUCUCCUCCCCAAAAUCCAGCAAAAAACCUGGAGACAAGAAAUCUGCUACUGGCAAAAAGACGCCCGGCAAGAGCGGCCAGAAGGCGUCCUCCAAAAAGGAUGAAAAGGGUGGUGGCGCCAAGAAGCCCAAGAUGAAGCAAAUGACCCUGUUGGACUUGGCCAAGAGCCCUCCCUCUGUUGGAAGCCCCAAGAAGAGAGCCCGGAGCACCGGCCCAGGGACCCCCAAACUGGGCAAACCCCUGCACCCCAUGGCCCUGCACCUGCUGCGCUACUACAAGGAGAACAAGGGCAAGGAGGACAAGAGGAACGCCAUGUCAUGUCUCAUAUCCAAGGCGGCCAAGGCCCUCUCGCCUGAGGACCAGGGCCGGCUUCCUGAGGAGCUCCGCGACCUUGUCCUGAAGCGCUGGGAGCUGCUGGAGCACAAGAAGAAAUGGGCGGCCAUGAGCGAGGAGGAGAAGCAGGACGUGAUGAGGAAGAAGCGCGAGGAGAUCAAGGAGAAGCUCCGGGAGAAGACCAAGGAGCGGCGGGAGAAGGAGCUGCAGGUGCGCCGUGAGCAACAGCGCCGCUAUGAGGACCUGGAGAUCGAGGGCGGCAAGGCACUGCCUGUCUUCAAGCUGGUCGACAUGCCAGAGGGGCUGCCCAACUCCCUGUUCGGAGACGUGGCCAUGGUGGCGGACUUCCUCAACUGCUACGCGGGCCUGCUAAUGCCCGAUGACCAGUACCCGGUGACGGCAGUGGCUUUGAUGGAGGCUCUGGCCGGGGAGAAGGCAGGUUUCCUCUACCUGAACCGUGUGCUGGUGGUGCUGCUGCAGACCCUGCUGCAGGAUGAGUUGGCCGAGGGCUACAGCGAGCUGGACAUGCCCCUGUCGGAGAUCCCCCUCACCCUCCACUCUGUCUCGGAGCUCGUGCGCCUGUGCCUGCGGCCGUGCGACGCCCACGGCGAUGACUCGGGCCAGGGCUCCGUGGGGGAUGACUGGGGCCCCCUAGGGGGCUUCGACCAGGUGGUAAGCAGCGAGUUUCUCGAGCGGCUGGAGGCGGUGGAGGUGUUUGAGCUGACAUCGACGGAGAAGGCCAGCCUGCUGGUGGCACUGUGCCACCGCAUCCUCAUGACGUACUCUGUGGAGGACCACGUGGACUCCAUGCAGCAGCGCUCGGCCGAGCUGUGGAAGGAGAGGCUGGCCUCGCUCAAGGAGGUCAAUGAUCGCAAGCGGGCUGAGAAGCAGCGGCGCAAGGAACAAGCCGAGGUCAAAGGCGAGGAGGCUGCCAGUGGCGACACGCCGUCAGCCACCACCAAGGUGGAGAAGGAGGGUAGCGCCAAGAAAGAUGUGAAGAAGGUGAAAGCAGAGCCGGUGGCCGCAGAGCCGGAAGACAUGAUCAGUACAGUGAAGAGUAGGAGGCUGAUGUCCAUCCAGGCCAAGAAGGAAAAGGAGGAGCAGGACAGACAGAACAAGGGUAAGGACAGCUGGACGUGUUGUAGGUCAUUAGACAGGGCCAGUUUUCCUUGUCAUGUCACGUGGUUAGGAAAUACUCCCAUCACUAGUCAUAGAAAAAUAUUUCUUAACAAGGCAACAGUAAACAUGUCGUCCCCCACGAAUGAUGCAGCACCCCGCUUGGGCCAAUCAGUGUAAUUUUGUAAAUGCUAGAUCUCUAUGGCAAGACGCAUCAUUCACUCAAGUUUUGUCAAAAUCGGGGCCAGUGGUGUUUGCGUUCGCGUGGGUUAGCUAGACUCUUAUCCCAGAGCAUGUGUGCCAAAUUUCAUCACUCUGUGCCAAACCGAUCAAGCGAUAUAAACAUGUCCGUUAUAGCGCAACCGUGUGGUCGAUAUGAAUGUUCUUGCAUAUGUUGUCUUGAAAGUGUUUGCAACAAGUGCACCAAAUGUUGUUACAUUAUGAAUAUCCUUGACUGAUUUAUAUGCGUUUGUGCCAGACCACGCCCACGUGAAAGUUUAUUGGUCAAUAGCGGGCCAUGUUUUAGGUACUAGUCUGGAAAAUAUUGCGUUGAGACCCUUUGUCCAUAGAUGCCACAUAUCAAGUUUCAUGCAGAUCGGUCAUUCGGUGCCAGAAGAGUGUCGUAUAAGUGUUUUUUACAAAUUCAAAUAUGUUCCUUAUGAGGAGAGGGACCUAUGUAUCACAUUUCAUGACUGUAGAUCAAUCAGUCAGGAGCUUGACCUUUCAAAGUUUGCAUUUUCAAUCUCUUGUUACAUUGCCACCAUCUGGCCAAUCAGUGUAAUUUUGUAAAUGCCAUAUCUCUAUGGUAAGACUCAUCAUUCACACAAGUUACGUCAAAAUGGGGCCAAUGCGGUCUGAAAUCGUGUGUGACUAACGUACUAUCAGACGGAGACAGAUCCACAGUCCUCUCCCCGAUUUCAUCGUGGACAAUUGGAAAGGAUAAGAUAUCUAUGGUUGAAUUUGAGCCAAACGAUGCUCAGAGUCCCUGGUUGCUUAGGUGAUUUAUGCAAUGGGAAUGCUCGGUUAUGAAUGAUGUGCCUAGAAAAAAAAAAAGUGUAAUUGGCUCAAAUAAUUGUUUUGUCUCCCCUCAGAGCGCAUGGAGAAGGAGGCGGAGGAGGAGCGUGUCCGCAAGCAGAAGGCUGCAGCAGAGAGGGCCUUCCAGGACGGCAUAACCAAAGCCAAACUGGUGCUGAGGAGAAUCCCACUGGGAACUGAUCGAAACCAUAACAGGUCAGCAUGCACACUUCAAUGGUUCACAACAGGUUUAGGUGUUUUAUUUACAGUUUACUCUUGAUACAUGCAUAUAAGUGCUCUGGUUUAGUGCAUGCAUUCUCAACGGUCCCAAGACAAUGGAUAUAUUAGGAAUCGACAACUAUGUAAAAUGUAAACUGUUGUACCACAUACAGUUGAUUUUAAUGUCACUGUUGGUUUAUAUUACCGUCGGUAUUGACCAUCCAACUCUUUGUGUCUGUGUGUUAGGUACUGGCUGUUCUCUGAUGUGGUGCCUGGCCUGUACAUAGAGAAGGGCUGGGUGCAUGACAGCAUUGACUACAGCUACACCCUCCCCCUGGAGGAGGCUGCAGCCGAGCCUGAGGACGAGGAGGCCACCAAUGAGGAGACUAAUGGUGAGUUAGUACACUCAUCACAGCUGAGUCUGCAAACCUUAGUACUAGUAAGUACAGCUUAUACUCUUCACUAGCUAUGUUUAGUGCCUCAUGUCCCAGAAGAGUAAAGACAAAUAAUUGAUAAAUAUAGCUGUGAGCAGCAAUGAACAGGCCUCACAUGAUUACAGAAAGGACACAAGAUCAGUUGAAUAACAAAGCAAGCACUCAAUCAUGUAGGAACUAUCUUUAUGUGCAGUCAUGAGUCUAAAUACAAAAUCUGGAGUGACUCUGACGAAUGGUUCAUGAGGAGAAGAUGAUUGCAGAGGAUUUUGAGCAUUAGCGUUACAAAUGCAAAGAAUGAGUUGCUAAUAGUUUCCUUGUUUUAGAUAUCAAUACCAAAUUCACUGUGGUUCGUCUUAGGGACAUCCGUGACAGCGAUGUUAAGUUGAUAGUCCACUGUGGAGUGGAUUUACAGUGGUUUUAAAUGUAACUCAGCCAUCUUUUGACCAAUCCCUUAGCUUUUCUCAAACUAAGGUAAGACCUGUACCAUGGGCCUACAUGUCAUUUGGUUCAAUUGUUCAUGAGAAGAUGACUUUGGAAGUAUAUUUAGCAUAUUAGCGUAUGUGCUAAUAUGCAUAUACUGGUAUAGUGUGGCAAUCUUUGAAUACGUCAACGUUAUUUUCUUAAAUUCUUUUGGUAUUGUAAUGAGUCAAAAUACCACAUUUGGAGUAAAUGUGACUUUUAGUCCAUGAGAAUAUUUUUUAAAUGAUUAUUUUGAGCAUAGUCGAGGUGAAUUGUUAAUAGUUUCCUUAUUUUUUAAAGAUCUCAAUGCCAAACUUAGUUUGAAGUUGAUAAGCCAUUGUGGAGUGGAUUUAAAUAGACAUGUAAAAUGUGCUUUCCUUAUUUGUUAAUAACUCAGCCACCUCUUAACCUAAGUCAAAGUCAGUGGGUGUGGUCGACAGUGCGCACCUCAUCUCUGCCCUCACAACCAACCUGGAUCGAUGUUUGGUUUUAAUGCAGACGAGAGCACUGAAUCCAGCUUCACACAGAUAUGAGCUGGCGAAGGGUACCAUGAGUUUUAUGGUGCUUCAAGACCAACUGGGAACUCAAAAAAAUAAGGUCAAAUCAUGGCGUCAGUGAUCUUCAGGUCAGAAAGUCUGAGUUCUAGAAAGCGGCCCGAGAUUCUGAGUUGGAUGACCGUUCAAAACAAUUUCUCCCAGUCGGAGCUAGUUAUUUUUUUCUCCAUGUUCCCAGUUGUCUUGAAUGCACUUAAGUUGGAGAAUUCCGAGUUCCCAGUUGUUUUGAAAGUGGCAUUAAUGCUCAGAGGGAGACGGCAGGUUAUUUAUUCCCUUUGAGUCAGGAAGCAAAACACCUGCAUGCUUGUGUUCAGUUUCCCAAAUAAGUAUGUUACAUAAGCAAGGAGACACAUUUUAUUUUCAUAGAAAGUCACCCAAGUAAUUUCCUCUCUCAAUGUGAAAAAUAUUUUCCCUUCGAUAACCACCAAGCCUCGGUAUAAAAUAGAACAUUGUCAUGCUCUGAUCCCAUAUCUCCAAAUAGUUUUGCGAACAGGCGUGCGCGUUGUGGAUGUGGUUUGACGUAGUUUACAAUUUAAGUUACCUGCUGCAGUAUAUCUCCCAAGUUCUGUGCUCGGCUCUUGUGCUGCCAGUCGCAUGUAUCAUACAAUACGUCCAUAUGGCAGAGGGAGACACAUUCAUAACUAGAGUGCAGAGGCCUGUGCGCCGUCCCGCCAUAGAUUGAGCUCCAUCUGUACAAAAGGCCACCAUUCAAUCCCAUGGAAGCUGUUUUUCGUCAAUAUAGUGACGCAGCACACUGAUUCCUCUGUGCAGUUUCAUGCUUGGGAAUCGUGAGACCGAACAAUAUGUCCUCGUGAAUAGAAUCCAACAUGUAAUAACAAACAUCUCCCGCGACCCCAUUUUUAUAUCAGGUGUCCCCUAGUUUGGGAAUCGCUAUCUUAACCAAUCCCUUAGCUUUUCUCAUAGUAUGUUACAGGGUUCGUACUUCAUGAAAAUCCUGGAAAAGUCAUGGAAUUGAAAUGUUUUCUAGGCCUGGAAAAGUUUAGGAAAAGUCAUGGAAAUUAAUUUAAUAAUGUCUCUUAAUGUAAUUUAUUUAGGCACAGUUAAAUAUUGUAUGAAUCAAAGAAAAAUCAACAUAUCAGAAUGACACUUUAGCGCGUCUGUGGUUGCGCGCAUCACCUGCGUGCGAGACCAGUGGUCUGUUGCUCAGAGAGAGAGAGAGAGAGACAUUGCAGCAGCAGGUAGGCCUAUAUAAAACCUAUAAAUAUGAUAGAGAACAGACUAAUAACUAGGUAGCCAAUUCAAAACAAAUAUUGUACCCUGUAGUUAACUGUUUAGCAAUUAUUAGCGUGUAUGUUUUCAUCAUGUCCCCCAAAAAAAUCCACCGACACUUGCGAAUAAGGCCAUACAAAGUUGAUUCAUUUAAACGAUUCACUUCGCCAUUGUAUUAGUUGGGAUUUGGUUAAAUCGUGAUGAAUCGAAUGUGAAUCAAAAUAAUUUGUGAAUCGCAAACAGUAAUAUUAGGGGAGGGGGGGGGGGGGGAUAUUAAAUGUAGCCUUUUAUUUUGGAUUAUGUGGCUUCAACUUGUUUUGUAGAUACUUCCAGUUGAUUUGGCCAUCCAAUGUAUGGGACAUUGCAACUCAUUAGAUGCUAGUCAGCCUGCAAAGUAAACACUUCUAAGGUAGCUAAUAUAAAUAUGACUACACUAAAAGGUACAUUUACUGAAGAAAAUGUGUGGUCUUGUUUCAGCUUGAUGAAAAGAUUUGUAGCCUACUAUAGCCAUUUCAUCUUUGACGUAUUAAAUGAGUGAAUUAUUUCAAAAUGAUAACGUAUUUGGUUGCAAUGUUAUUGUUGUAAUGUUGCAAUGUUAUACAGGACAGCUAGUGGGUGUGUAGGCUUUUAUUCCAGUCCCCCUCUGUUUGAGCAGAGCUUGAUCAAAGGUCUGCACACCCAGUAGCUCUCCAGACUGAGGGUUGACCACAUGUGUUUUUAUACAGUUGCCUAACUGGUAUUCUACUUUGGGGGGGGGGGGGGGGGGGUUAAGUUCCUUGCACAACGACAGGAGAUGGUACAUGGGAUCAGAGAGCAGCCUCUGUGUCAAUAACACAUUACUCAACUUUUUUUAUACGCACGUAGAGACACCGCUAACGGUUGGUCAUGGAAAUUUGGUUAAAAAUUCCAUCUGUCAAAAUGUGUAUGAACCCUGAAGUUAAGAGAGGCCUACAUACCGAAUUUGAGAUGUUUUCCAAGAUGGAGGAAAAUCGAUCCUGAGGGACCUUAUGGGCCCUUAAGGCAAAUUGUUCAGCAUGUAAAAGACACCUACAUACAAAGUUUAGUCUCUAGGUCAAACAGGGCGACAGAUAUGAGGGUUUAAGUGAGACUGCUUAUAACAGUGCCAUUCUUUUUGACCAAAUUACUCAUGGCCCUGUAGUUUCUGUGUGCCAACUUAGAAAAAAGUUAACAAUCUAUGCCAUGUCGGGGAGAACGGGAAAAAAAUGUAUUCAGAGAAUAACAAUAGUUUUCACAACUUCGCUGUGAACCCCUAAAUAUAAUUUAUUGAUAUUAUUAGUUGUAGGAGAUGGUCUUGUUGCAGCAUUAAACCUGGGUCGUAUUCAUAAGGGCACACCGUAGAAAAACGUAGUGCAACAGGAAGCUUUUCUUAUUGGUUAAGUUCAGAUAGUCCCUCACUUUCUUUGGUUUUGUGGCUACUGAACACGACCCUGUUCUGUUGCUGGUCCUGCAGAUGUUGAGGAGGACGGUGGCAGUCUUGAUGGUGCUCUGAGCGAGGGAGCCCACCAGGGGGCGCCAGCUUGCGUCUGCAUAGAAACCACCACUCCCAACCAGGGACAGAACCUCUGGUAAGAAACUCACUGGCAGAGAUGGUCAUUGGUUGACUUGAUAACUAAAAACGUUUUGUGUCAUUCAAUAACAAUGUUGAAACGAUACUUACACCAAAGAGCGGAUGAUUAUAUUUGUGCUAUGAUAUACUAUGUGUUUACGCCAAGCUUAUGUUUGUGUUGAAGGUUUGUGUGUGAUGCUCCGCGGGACCUCGAUGACCUGGUGGAGAGCCUCCACACGCAGGGUGUGAGAGAGAGCGAGCUGAAGACCAAGCUGCAAGUCAGGUGAGGAGACAGGAGCCUUACAUUCUACACACCCUCCACAAAUUCACUCACUCACCCAAUGACUGCUUUGUGAGUGACUCCACACUUUUUUAUCUUGUCCUAUUUAUGCAAAUGGCCCAGAGUUUGUCCUGGUUAGGUUACAUGGAUCAGGUAUAUGUGCGUGAGCAAGUCUGACUGACUGGGUGUUGUACGCUGACAGGUACCAGGACAUCCUCCACUCUAUCAACCUGGCCCGCAAGGGGAACCCAGGGCUGAGGAGCUGCGAUGGCCACCAGGAGCUGCUCAAGUACCUGCGCAGCGACGUCAUCGAGGUGGCCUCGCGCCUCCAGAAGGGCGGCCUGGGCUACAUGGACGACAGCAUGGAUGAGUUUGAGAAGAAGGUAUCUAUUCAUACAAUCAAUUCACAUGUUCUGAAUCAGGAGUUUUUCCUGAUCACUUAUCAGGUCAUAUGGUCAGGAAAAACGAAUGUCCAUACACAUUAUUUUGGAUCUACCGUCUUAUCAAGAUCUUCCUCAAUGCCCAUUUACCUGUAUUUGUCUUUGUGCCUUGCACAUCCAGCAGAGUAUGACCUCUGAACUUGACCAUUCCCCCCCUGACCCCUGUCUCUGUGUAUGUUCAGGUGCGUGACCUGGAGAACCUGAAGGACUUUGGGGAGUGUGUCAUCACCCUCCAGGCUUGUGUCAUCAAGAAGUUCCUGCAGGGCUUCAUGGCCCCCAAGCAGAAGAAGAAGAAGAAGCAGGAAGGGGAGGAGAGCAGAAAGACUGAGGAGGUGGAUGAGGAGAAGAAGCUGGCGGAGGAGGCCAGGGUGAGUAAUACCUAUUUUAGACAGAUAACAUCGUUACCUGUAAUAAAAACAAGGCAACCCUCUUUCAAACAGCCCCUUAUUUACAAUGUUCUUGCCAGUAUAACCCCUGUUAUACAUAUCGGUGCGUAAACAGCAAUUUGGAUGGGGGGGAGGGUUAAACCAUGGGGCCUAUUUUGCAAUUCAAAUUAGGAAGGUGUUAAACAAUAGUGUUAUUGAAUUUACCCGCAUAAAAUGUAUAUUUUCUCACAGACCCAUUACCAGUUUUUUGGUUACAUGGUCUGAAAAUACAGGUUUCAUGACUAGGUCUCGAGGUGGGUUGGAAUGUACCGUGUUUUUUUUACCCCCUACCCCUUUCAGAUAUAAAUAAAAGAUGUUAUGGUAAAAAAGUGGGAUUUGUGUCUGUAUAUGAAAGGGGUAUUACUAACGUCUGAUCCAGAGUCCGAUGUUUCUUCAUCCGGCUAAUGGUUAAGGAUAAGUUGAAGCUAGGGUAAUCUGAUCCUUGAUCUGGUUUUAAAGGGCUUCUUCAAACCCAAGCUUAGUGGAGCUUUAGGAGGACUUUCUUUUCAAAUUAAAUAAAUGUUUAAUUAAAGUGCAUGUUAAACACAAUUUUCAGUAAAAAAUCAAUAUCAUAAUAGAAAAAUAUAUAAAUAGUAAUUUGUCUGCCGUGCAGGUGGCAACUGCAGUAGAGAAAUGGAAGACUGCGAUCCGUGAGGCCCAGACCUUUUCCCGGAUGCACGUGCUGCUGGGCAUGCUGGAUGCCUGCAUCAAGUGGGACAUGUCGGCAGAGAACGCACGCUGCAAGGUGUGCCGCAGGAAAGGUGGGUGAUCCUCAACGUCCUGGAGCUGUGUGAGAGAGUCCGAAAACUGAAGGGGGAAUUUUAAGAUGGUGUCAAUGGAAAGGACAUGGCAAUUAGUAAGAAACAAUUGCAGAUAGUAGUGCUGAAAUCUAUCAUUAGGUGGUGGUAGAGCACCGUGCCCCAAGGCCUCGUCAAGAAAACCUUUCACAGUAUUGAGUCACCUACACCAGGGUUUCCCAAACUCUGUCCUGGGGCCCCCCCUGGGUGCACGUUUAGUUUUUUGCCCUAGCACUACACAGCUGAUUCAAAUAAUCAAAGCUUGCUGAUGAGUUGGUUAUUUGAAUCCGCUGUGUAGGCUGGAGAAAAAACCAAAACAUGCACCCAGGUUGGGCCCCAGGACCGAGUUUGGUAAACCCUGAUCUACACUACAGCAUUUGACUGUCAUUUUCUGCCUGUUGAAGAUGAUCUGCCUGAGCAAGGUGCUGUGAAGACUUUGGCGAUCCACAAAUCACCUUGCAUUCCACUAAAGCAGGGGUGUCAGACAAGGCCCGCGACCCCAUUCAUUGAAAUGACUAAAACUAAAUUGAAACUGUGUAGAAAUAAUGACCUACAUUUAGUCUCUUUUUAAAAAUAGAUUUUUUCCCUGUCACAUACACCUGAUAGGUGCAGUGAAGUGUGUUUUACUCUGUGUAGCUUGCUACAUUCAUCGAAACGAAAGCUAGACAGUCGGGAGCAUAGAAAAUUCCUAAAGCGAUGGAUAUAGUGACAAUAUUUUUAGCAUUUUGACGCAGAGGAAUGUAAUCAAUUUUAAGUGCGGCGUUCCGGACUUCGGUGAAGACCGAAUGCGGCACACAGGGGCAAAAUGAGUUUGACACCCCUGCACUAAAUGAAUCUUUGCAGUAUAAAUGAGCAAAUUUGUUCAUGGCCUUCGAGUCAGACCUCUCGAACAGGCAGAAAGACAUGAUUGACUAAUGUAUAGAGUCUUUGAAUGACUGAAGUGAAGUUGCUAUGCUACUUUAUCAGCUAUGUGUUGAUCUUUGCUCUAGUAAAUGUAUUACCUUGAUUUAACCAGUUAUGUUAUUGGAACACAUUCUCUCUUCCAAUAACAACCUGUACUCUCUCCAGGGACAGGGCUGAGGCCUCCUGUCCUCGUGCUGCGGGACAUGGUUAUCCCCAGUCCCAGGUAGGGCAGGGGGAUGAGCCCAGAGCAGGGAUAGGGUAGUGUCAAACAGGUGCAGGUGUACCACACACUGCCAUACAGCCACACUACAGGUGAACUAGCAGUAAGAUACUACAGUAUAAGGCCCUGUAUAAGUAUUGAAGUAAUAUAAUUACUAUAAGUAGAAGUACAAUACUCAAGGACCUGUAUGAAAAUACUCCUCUCCCUCCUAUAGCUGAUCUGACAUUAGCAGAGUUGGUGUAGUGGAAACCUACCCAGUGAUUUCAGAUCAGCCAUGGCUUGUAGCCUUAUCUUGAACUACAAAUAUUUGGAAAUGAGAGGGAUUAUAUAUGUUAGAAAUGAUUAUGAUUAGUCCUUGUUUUGGUAGAGCUAAUGAGUGAACCCUUAUCCUUGGGGGUUUGACCAGCUGUCUCAUUGUAAAUUGAGCCCUAGCCAAAUCACCUUGGAUGUUUCAGGGCAGCUCCUUGGCCCAAUCCCAUAUCAUCCCCUACUCCUUGUAGCUGUGGGUCCUGGGCUGUGAGGGAUGCAGCACAGGCAUUGUUCGUUUGCUCAGUUGUAGCUUUUGCAUGCAAACACUGGUACUGUAUGUAUACAUACACAUACACACAUUUCAUUGUCUAGAGUUAAUGACAGUGUAGGCCUAAACUAUUUACUGAGUCUGUGAUGAUGAUGAUCUCUCCUCCAUCAUUCCUUCAGGUGAGGAUGACAAGCUCAUCCUGUGUGACGAGUGCAACAAGGCCUUCCACCUGUUCUGUCUGCGGCCCGCCCUCUACCGUAUCCCCCAGGGCGAGUGGCUGUGCCCCGCCUGCCAGCCCGCCAUGCAAAGACGCUGCUCCCGCGGAAGGUAGGGGGUCACACGAUAACACACUACCUCACUGGAGGAUUAAAGACUUAGCUGUGUCUAAACGUUCUGUUUCCUCGUCAAACACGACGAGCAAGCCGUUUCAAUCUGAAGAUGGUACUGUAGAAGCCACUUGGAAAAUACUCUAGUGUUUUAUUAUUUGAUGAGCCCCCAAAUCAGCCCCUAGUUUCAAAUGUUCUUCCAAACUUACGGCGUGUAAAGAAAGAAGACUGUUUUGCUAGAACGCUGGUUGGGUGGUUGUUGGGUACCAAUUGGAUGAAUGCUCUUUAACAUAGAAUGCUAAUGGCUACUUGUGGUUCUAGAAACUACAACGAGGACACUGAAGAAGAGGAGGUUUCUGAGGAUGAAGAGGAGUCUGAAUCUGAGGACACUGAUGAAGAUGAUGAGGAGGAUAAGGAUUACAAGGCCAUGGGCCACAGCUGUGAGUAUUAUUGACCCCAGUAGGGACCCUUACUUACCAUAACCCAAUGUAACAGUACUGACUAGAGCAGGGUGGCCAACGUGCAGGGUUUUGUGCCUAUCAUAAGUAUUCACCCCCUUGCAUUUUAGUGCAAGUCUUGCCAAUAGAUUUUCAAGCAGAUUUAUGUCAAAACUGUAACUUGGCCACUAAGGAACAUUCACUGUCUUCUUGGUAAGCAACUCCGGUGUGAAUUUGACCUUGUGUUGUAGGUUAUUGUCCUGCUGAAAGGUGAAUUUCUCUCGCAGUGUCUCGUGUAAAGCAGACUGAAGGUUUUCCUCUAGGAUUCUGCCUGGUCUUAGCUCCAUCCCGUUUCUUUUUAUCCUGAAAAACUCCCCAGUCUUUGCGGAUGUCAAGCAUACCCAUACCAUGAUGCAACCACCACCAUGCUUGAAUAUAAGGAGGCAGUUACUUAGUGAUGUAGUAUUUGCCCCAAACAUGAGGCUUUUCAUUUAGGCCAAACAGUCCUGUGAUAAUAAUGGAUGCAUGUUUUGGAAUAUUUGUGUUAUGUAUAUUUGUAUUCUUCUUUUCACUCUGUCAUUUAGGUCAUUAUUAUGGAGUCACUACAAUGUGGUUGAUCCAUCCUCCGUCUUCUCCCGUCACAGCCACAGCUGUUUUAAAAUCACCUACUGCCUCAUGGUGACAUCCCUGAGCAGGUUCCUUCCUGUCCUUCAGCUCAGUUCAGAAGGAUGACUGUAUCUUUGUGUCUGGGUGGUUUAAUACAUCAUCCACAGCAUAAUUAUUAACUUGACCAUGCUUAAAGAUGUAUUCAAUGUCUGAUUUGUUAUUGUUAACCAUUUACCAAUCACUGCCAGUCUUCAUGAGACUGUCUCAAAUCUCCCUGGUCUUUGAAGUUGAAUCUGUUCUUGAAAGGCAAUACUUGACUGAGGGACCAUACAGAUGUACAGUGCCUUCAGAAAGUAUUGACACCCCUUGACUUCUUUCAUGUUGUGGUUACAGCCUGAAUUUAAAAUGGAUUACAUUUAGAUUUGUCACUGGCCUACACACAAUACCCUAUAAUGUGAGUGGAAUUAUGUUCUUAGACAUUUUUACAAAUUAAUUACAAAUCAAAAGCUGAAAUGCCUUCAGUCAAGUAUUCACCCCUUUGUUAUGGCAAGCCUAAAUAAGUUCAGGAGUAAAAAUGUGGUUGAAAAAUAACACAAGUUGCAUGGACUCACACUGUGUGCAAUAAUAGUGUUUACAUUUUUUAAUUUUUAUGAAUACCUCAUCUCUGUACCCUGCACAUACAAUUAUCUGUAAGGUCCCUCAGUCAGUGAAAUUCAACCACAAAGACCAGGGAGGUUUUCCAAUGCCUCACAAAGAAGGGCACCUAUUGGUAGGUGGGUAAAAAAAAGUAGACAUUGAAUAUCCCUAUGAGCAUGGUGAUGUUAUUAAUUACACUUUGGAUGGUGUAUCAAUACACCCAGUUACCACGAAGAUACAGGUGUCCUUCCUAACUCAGUUGCCGGAGAGGAAUGAAACCGCUCAGGGAUUUCACCGUGAGGCCAAUCAAUGGUGACUUUAAAACAGAGUUUAAUGGCUGUGAUAGGAGAACUAAGGGUGUAUCAACAUUGUAUUUACUCUAUAAUACUAACCUAAUUGACAGAGGGAAAGGGAAGUCUGCACAGAAUACAAAUAUUCCAAAACAUGCAUCCUGUUUGCAACAAGGCACUAAAGUAAUACUGGGAAAAAAUGGCAAAGCUAUUUUUUUUUUGUCCUGAAUACAAAGUGUUAUGUUUGUGGCAAAUCCAAUACAACACAUUACGGAGUACCUCUCCAUAUUUUUAAGCAUAUUGGUGGCUGCAUCAUGUUAUGGGUAUGCUUGUAAUCGUUAAGGACUGGGGAGUUUUUCAGGAUAAAAACAAGGCACAGAAUGGAGCUAAGCACAGGCAAAAUCCUAGAGGUCAGUCUGCUUUCCACCAGACACUGGGAUAUUAAUACACCUUUCAGCAGGACAAUAACCUAAAACACAAGGCCACAUCUUCACUGGAAUUGCUUACCAAGAAGACAGGGAAUGUUCCUGAGUGGACGAGUUAGUUUUGACUUAAAUCUACUUGAAAAUCUAUGGCAAGACCUAAAAAUUGUUUCGCAAUGAUCAACAACUAAUUUGACAGAGCUUGAAGAAUUUAGAAAAUAAUAAUAUGGGCAUAAUCCAGGUGUGGAAAUCUUAGACUAACCCAGAAAGACUCAGCUGUAAUCGCUGCCAAAGGUGCUUCUACAAAGUAUUGACUCAGGGGUGUGAAUACGUAUGUAAAUGAGAUUUCUGUAUUUCAUUUUCAAUAAGUUUGCAACAAUUCAUAAAAACAUGUUUUCACUUUGUCAUUAUGGAGUAUUUUGUGUAGAUCAAUGACAAUAAAAUCACAGUUAAAUCUAUUUCAAUCCCACCUUGUAAUUCAACAAAAUGUGAAAAACUCCAAGGGGGAUGAAUACUUAGCUGUGAUACCCACUAUAUAUAUUUAUUGAAUCGGGUUUAAGUGCUGAGUUGACACAGAAGCCCUUACACUUUGAAGUGAAGAACUGUGGACUAGGGGUCUAAGACUGGUUGGGAAGGGCCUGUAGUGUAGCAGUGGUUUUACAUAGAUACUAGGGCCCAGAGUUUCUCCUAUCCAGACCAGCAGACCAGGGAAAACUCUGAACAGGCCGAACAAUGGACACAUUUCCAUUUCACGGGUGGAGAGAGGGAUGGGAAUGUGGUGCAGUAUUCGGAGCCCAUUCUCUCCCCUCUUCAUUGUCUGAGUGUUGUCCCUCCUUUUGAUCUGGCAUACUUUUCACCCCCGGCUUGGCUGACAGUAUGUGGCAGAGUGAUCCUCUGUGAGUUUAGGUCUGCACGUAAGGUAACCACACACAAUUGGGUUUGGAAGACAGGGGUGGUUGGUGGUUAUAGUGCUGCCAUAGCAGGACGGUUUUUCCCCUGCAGAUCUGGCAACAUAACAUUGCAAACCAAACUGUGAGCGAGGAUUCGGCCCAGUGCAUUUUGAGGUCUCUUGACAUAGCUCCCUCCCUCUGAGAAGUUGGGCUUGUUGAUGAGCCUAGUUGACCAGAGGAGAUCUGUUUUAGGAUGACUAUUGAACGAUUUUAAAAGUCUGAAUGUUUUAGCAUUUUACUUGUGAUUUUAUAGCUUCAUCCCUAUUCUUACAGUUCAUACAGGUACAACAAAUGGGACUGACUGAAAUGUUUUUUUCUGAUGGUGUGUGUAUAUUUAACUGGACUCUUCUUCUUCCCAGUGAGAUCAAGGAAGAAGACAAAGCACUCUAAAGCAUCGAAGGCGUCCAGUAAGGGUGGAUCUAAGAAGCACUCUCCCCCCAGUAAACAGAGGGCCGCCCCUAGCAGCCCUGCAGACAUCGACGAGCUGGUGAGAACUUCACGCUAUGGCUCAUUGUUAGAAAGACUUGGGUCUGGACUCCCGAGUGGCGCAGCGGUCUAAGGCACUGCAUCGCAGUGCUUUAGGCGGUACUACAGACCAGGGUUUGAUCCCAGACUGUGUCGCAGCUGGCCGCUACCGGGAGACCCAUGAGGCGGCGCACAAUUGGUCCAGCGUCGUCCGGGUUAGGGGAGGGUUUGUCCGGCCGGGAUGUCCUUGUCCCAUCACACUCUAUCGACUCCUUGUGUCGGGCUGGGCACAUUGCACUCCGACACAUUGGUGCGGCUGGCUUCCGGGUUAAGCGAGCAGUGUGUCAGGAAGCAGUGUGGCUUGGCGGGGUCGUGUUUCGGAGGAUGCAUGGCUCGCGACCUUCGCCUCUCCUGAGUCCGUACGGGAGUUGCAGUGAUUGGACAAGACUGUAACUACCAAUUUGAAUAUCACGAAAAAGUGGGAGGAGAAAAAGGGGCAAAAAAUACCCAAAAAUAUAUACAACAAUAAAGACUUUGGUCUGGUGACUCUGACGCACUGGUGCAAGCCAGCUUCUAUGCAGAUAAUUUGACCCCUUUCCCAACAAUAUGGUGUGUGUUUGGUUUGCUGCAGGUGCGUCAGAGCUCAAAGACAGGUGUGCGUAGGCAGGCCCUGGAGCUGGAGAGGAGUGCGGAGAUCCUGAAGAAACUGGUCAAAUUUCGCUACAGCUGGCCGUUCAGGUGAGACUGAUGCACUACUAGUGUGUUAGUUAGACUGGCAUGCAGUUAAACAUUUGUGAAGCUGGAAAAUGCCUCCUGAAAGUGUUUCAACUAUGGCUUGACUAGCACAACUAACUUUGGACUUAUACUCCUAUCUCAAUGCAACAACAUACAUUGACACUAACUAACUAUAUAGAUAUCAGACAGUUGUUUAGAUGUUCAGUGUAGGUGUCCAUGUGAAUUCCAUGGCAAUGGUAACAAGCUAACUAGAUCGGAGACAGUAGACCUGACCCCUAACCUCCCCGUCCUCUCUCCUCGCUCCAGAGAGCCGGUGUCGGUAGAGGAGGCGGAGGACUACUUUGACAUCAUCUCCAGCCCCAUGGACUUCCAGACCAUGCAGGCCAAGUUCAGCGAGGGCCAGUACCGCCACGCCCAGGACUUCCUGGAGGACGUCAAGCUGGUGUUCUCCAACGCCGAGGAGUACAACCAGACGGGCAGCUCGGUUCUCUCCUGCAUGGCCAAGACGGAGCAGAGCUUCACCCAGCUGCUUCACAAGCUGCUGCCCGGCCUCAGCUACCUGCGCCGCCGCCAGCGGAAGAGAGUCAGUCGGACCCCUCAGGAGGAUGAAGAGGACGAGGAGGAGGAGGAGGAAGAAGAAGAAGAAGAGGAGGAGGAGACGCCGAAGGGUCGGAAGAUGCAGAAUGGGAAAGGCAAGGUGGGUCGGCCCAGGAAAGCCGUGGCGGAGCAGAGGAUGAAAGGAAGGAGAAAGGAAGAGAGCGAUGAAGAGGGCAGAGCGAAGAGGAAGAGCAAGCGGGCGGCGGCCACGUCCAGCCGGAGGGACUACCGGGAGCAGGAGAGUGAUGGCGAGGAGCGCGACAACCGGAGAACUGGGCAGUGGGGGGGCGUUGGAGGGGAUAGUGAGGAGGAGAACAGGGCCGGCCACCGACAUUCCAAGCGGCAGAAACGCUCA